UUAGUACGGGCCAAAUAAAAAUGAAGGGAGUGGGUAACACAAAAUCUCCAUGACCAUUUGAAUUUUGAAGGUGAGACUGGUGCGCAAUCACAUAAAAUCCCGCCAAUAUCAAACAUUCGAUUUCCGAAUCCUCAUAGCUUCCAUAUUCCACUCAAUCCAUAGAAUUAAGAUUUCAAUUCUCAACAGAAACCGCUUCUUCAAUUUCCUGAUCGUAAAAGAUAUGUAGCCUCAGAAUCUAGGGUUUGCGAUGAAUAAUUUGGGGGAUCUUAAUAAGGUGUGGGAAAUCAGAGCUCUGAAGCGUAAACCCAAACAUGAAGAAGCCAACAAGAUUCUUGAAAGAAUUGCUAAACAGGUUCAGCCCAUCAUGCGUAAACAUAAUUGGAGAGUUAAACUUCUCUCUGAAAUGUGCCCGAAAAGGGCAGCCCUUUUGGGGUUGAAUGUAGGAGCUGGGAUACAUGUAAAGUUGAGACUUCGAAGGCCGAACAAUAAUGAGGAAUUUUACCCUUACAAUGAAGUUCUGGAUACAAUGCUUCAUGAACUUUGCCAUAAUGCUCAUGGUCCACACAAUGCCAGUUUCUACAAACUCUGGGAUGAACUUAGAAAGGAAUGUGAAGAUUUAAUUAAUAAAGGGAUAAGUGGAACAGGAGAAGGGUUUGAUCUCCAUGGAAAGCGAUUAGGAGGCCUUCACCCACAGCCAUCCCUGUCGUCUCUCCGCCAAACUGCAGCAGCUGCUGCUGAAAAUCGAGCACGUCUUAAAUCCUUGCUACCAUCUGGGCCUAGACGCCUGGGUGGCGACCAUUCUAUCAAAUCUGCACUUACUCCAAUUCAAGCUGCAGCAAUGGCUGCAGAAAGGAGAUUACAGGAUAAUAUUUGGUGUGGCUCUGAGUUUUGUGACUUAUCUGACGUAGAUGAAACUUCUGAUUCACUACCUGAACCUUUACCACUAGGGUCCAAGCUUUCGAAUGGGGUUGAUGCAGUGUCUUCCAAGGUAACAUCUCGAAAAAGAAGUCGAGAAUCGAAUUCUGUAUCAUCUUCAAGGUCUUUGCAUGGCCAUACUGUGACUAAGUCAGUACCUAAGCCCCUGUCUAACCAUGAUAAAGAAAUUGCUCGCGGAGUUGGUCAGGCAGAAGCAAACUCUCAUACUGUGCCAUCAAGAGGUUGUCCAGAGUCCUUUAUUGAUUUAACUGGGUAUGCUUCGUGUUCUACAUCAAUGCAUGGCCAAGAUAACCUACACAGUCCCAAGGAAUCAAUGAUGUGGGAGUGUUUAAUGUGCACGUUGUUGAACCCACCAUUAGCUCCUGUAUGCAAACUUUGCCAGACCCAAAAGCCCAAAGAUGUGGAUGACAGAAAUAGUAUAUGGUCAUGCAAAUUUUGUACGCUGGAUAACAGUCUGAAGUUAGAUCAGUGCACAGCCUGUGGAGAAUGGAGAUAUUCUCAUGGCCCUCCUGUAGCAACACCAGCACCCAAUCUUGGCACUUGAGGUGAGCACGAAUUGCCUGGUACUCGCAUUGUUUUUGGAAAUUGUGACUCCUCUGUAUGAUGUCGCCGAUCAGUUGACCAAAUACUCAAAUAGCUCAGCUAACUUGAGAAACUGGAAAAGCUCUUUGUUUUUGCUAAUUAUGCUAAGUGGUACUUGUACUUUUGAAUCUCCAGCCGAAGCAUUUUUGACAAGAACCACUUUCCGUGAUGCCUUUUGGGAAAAAAAAAUAUAUAUCAAAGAUAAAGGCUCCAACAUUAACACUAUGUUUAAAGGCCAUACUUUUCUCUCUCAAUUUUCUUCAUGUCAAUUUUUUUCAUCAAGAAAUAUGCUAUUUGCAUUCGGAAAGAAAGAACCAAUGUAUCAGCAAUAUGUUUUUGUUCUUUCUGUUAAAA